GGUGGCGUUUCUUCGUUGUGUUAUCGGAUGCCUGCUUUUUUACACCGCUUUUCUUUUUCUUUUUUUACAUGAGACAGUAUCGGACUGUGAGUUAGCACAACUUUUCGGGUCCGUAGAAAUAAAACAGGAAGCAGGAAAGCUGAAACGGAUAUCACAAUCCCGACCCGUUUUGGGAGCAACACUGGUCGCGCGCGCACACGGUUCCGUUCAGUAAAUGAGUGUGGCACGGGGACACACCACCGCUUUUUCACUCAAGUGACUCAAAAACUUUCUCUCCGGCGGCUUGCAUUGAGAAAUUCAGACUUUCUCAGUCCCUGUGCCGCCUGGAAAACAUGGGGACGCGGACAGGAGUGCGAAAGUGUUCUGUUUUCAUCCUCUUGGUACUCGGAUCGCAUCUCAUUAACGUGGUCAAGAGCUCGAAGGUAUGGGACGAGGUGCCAUUUCCGGAGGAUCUCGAGGCGACCAGCCUGUCAAGGCCUCAGCGCUACCUAGAAGAUGACGAAGACUUUGCAGAUGCAGCUUCAGGAGAUAUAAUCAGUGGAGAAGAGGAUGGAAGCACCCCAGAGCCACCGGCGAUUUACCAGCCUGUAACAAUUUACUAUCGGGCGCUGGUGAACUUCACGGACUCCUUCACCUAUGGGCCUGAGCUUGAUGACAUCGAAUCUGCCGCCUUCCUAGAAAUCUCCGCUGCCAUCGUCGACACGCUUGAAUCUGAGUACUUCAGGAUACCAGGAACCCAGAUGGUCAAUGUGGUGCUCAUCAAGCAAAUCGGCAAGGAUGUGUUUGUGGAACUGGACGUGGGCUCGGAAGACAACUCGAAUGAAUCCCAGAUCCGAGGCGUGCUUUUCUCGGUGGUCAGCGAAGGUUCCAUUGCAUCCUACGUGACAUCCGUCAGGGGCUUCGAGUUUAGACGGCUGGGAGAACCUGAUAACGAUCACGUCGCCCUUAUGGAACCUCUAGCUUCUCCAGUGAAGCCCAGUCCAUCUGUGCCCUGUUCCACCGAUGAGUUUGACUGUAGAACCGGACCAUGUAUCCCUCUGAGUUUUCUCUGUGACAACAGACCGGACUGUCCAGACAUGAGCGAUGAGCUUAACUGCACUGUUCCUGUAGUUACUCCUCCACCCAUUCCAAUACCAAGCACCACGGCAGACAUUAAAACCCCCCCGCGUCCCGGGCCGUGCCUCGCCGAUCAGUUCACCUGUCUAAACGGACAGUGCGUCUCCCAAGACUACGUGUGUGACGGAGACACUGACUGCAGCGACGGAAGUGAUGAGCAGAAGUGUGGAACUCCUUCACCCUGUGAGCCCAAUGAGUUUAAGUGCCGGAAUGGCCGCUGCGCUCUCAAACUGUGGCGCUGCGACGGAGACAACGAUUGCCAUGACAACUCCGAUGAGAUCGACUGUCCUGGUAAAAAACCAGGGGAGGUUUGUGCUCCGGAGCAGUUCAGGUGCCUGAGUGACCAGACCUGCAUUCCUGCCAGCUACCAGUGUGAUGAGGAGCCUGACUGUCCUGACCGCUCGGAUGAGUACGGCUGUGCUCCUCCAGUGGUGACCAGCCCUCCAGAAGAGUCCAUUACAGCAGCCCGGGGGCAGACGGUGACCUUCACCUGCAUCGCUGUGGGCGUGCCCAUUCCCAUCAUUACCUGGAGGCUUAACUGGGGGCACAUUCCAUCCAGUAACAGGAUUACGAUAAGCAGCGAAAACGGCCGCGGGACGCUGACCAUCCGUGACGUGAAAGAAGGAGACCAGGGCGCGUACACGUGUGAAGCCAUCAAUGCUAAAGGCCUGGUGUUUGCUAUUCCAGAUGGAGUGUUAACCCUGUCUCGAGUCCCCAGUAACUGUCCCGAUGGACACUUCAGUGUCGCCGGUCGCUGCGUGCCCUGUUUCUGCUCCGGUAUCACCAAGAACUGCCAGAGCACCGGACGCUACCGCAGCCAGAUCGCACUGCGCUUCACAGAGGAGGAGAACUUUAAAGGAGUCAACGUGUCGUUCCCAUCUCGCCCGGGCACUCCUCCGCCUCUCUCAUCCACUCAGAUGAUCAUCAAUCCAGAUGUGGCGGAGUUCCAGCUGGUGGAUUUGUCUCGUCGUUUCUUGGAUCUGGAAUCCUACUGGACUCUUCCACGCCAGUUCCUGGGCAGCAAGGUGGAUUCCUACGGAGGAUAUUUGAGGUAUCAGGUGAGCUACAUGCUGCAGAGGGAAGGAUCCGAGCCAGUGGACAAGCCCGACGUGGUGCUGAGGGGUAACGGCAACAGACUCGUCUACCGCCGUGGCUCUCCCACAAACCCCGAUGUUAAAAAUCAGAGAGAGAUCAAGUUCACCGAGGAAAACUGGCAACACUCAUCCGGGCAACUGGUGACCCGCACAGAUCUCCUGAUGACCCUGGCUAACCUGGAGAGCAUCAACAUCCGCACCAUCUACAACAACCGCAUGGCCAGUGUUGGUCUGAGCGACAUCAUCAUGGACACCAGCGUCGCAGCGUUCACCCUAGAGGGCCUUGCUAGAGAUGUGGAGGAGUGCAGGUGUCCACCCGGUUACUCCGGCCUGUCCUGUGAGAUUUGCUCCUCCGGAUUUGAACGGGUACCUGGGGGUCCAUACCUGGGCACAUGUGCUGGCUGUAAUUGCCACAACCAUGCCAGUGCCUGUGACCCUGUCAGCGGACACUGCCUGAGCUGUCAGCACAACACAGAGGGACCGCAGUGUGAUAAAUGCCGGCCGGGUUUUUUUGGUGAUCCCAGUCGGGGUCGACCAGAUGACUGUAAGCCAUGUCCCUGUCCUUACACAGAGACUUCUCGCAGGUUUUCAGACACUUGCUUCCUGGAUGUGGACAAUCAGGCUACAUGCGACGCUUGUGCACCAGGCUACACGGGACGCCGCUGUGAGAAGUGUGCUUCCGGUUAUGUUGGAAAUCCUCUGCAGCCCAACGGGAAAUGCAUUCCAUACGCGGGAGAUUUGACGCGAUGUGACAACAAAGGAACCAUCAGUUCCAGCAGCAGACCCUGCAACUGCAAGGCCAACGUGGCCGGAGCUUUGUGCGACGAGUGCAAGCCAGGAACCUUCCAUCUUUCUGCUGGAAAUCCAGAAGGCUGUUUGCAGUGUUUCUGCAUGGGAGUGACCAAGGAAUGUGCCAGUUCCACCUGGACCAGAGAUCAGGUACGAGGUGGCGUCAACGGGCAGCUGUUUUCUCUCACCAACGAAGGCAACACUCGCACCAUCACCGAGGGCAUCACCCAGAGAGGUGGCUCUGAGAUCGUCUAUCGCUCGUUCGCCAGCAUCCCCAACGACAUCUACUACUGGGUGCUGCCCGAGAACUUCCGAGGAGACAAGGUGACUGCGUAUGGAGGAGAGCUGCGCUACAAGGUCCGUUACGAGCCUCGUGCCCGCUCGGUGGUGAUCGAAAACAAACCUGAUGUGGUUCUCCAGGGUAACAGCAUCUUACUGGAGCACUACUCGCAGACCAAGACACUGCCCCGAGUCCCUGCCACCUUCAACAUUCCCUUCCGGGAGUCUGCAUGGAGGAGAGCUGAUGGACAGCCGUGCACUAGAGAGCACCUGCUGAUGGCUCUGGCUGACGUCUCCGUCUUCAUGAUCAGAGCCACUUACGCAGACAACAUGGCCGAGAGCAGUGUCGGGGAUAUCCAGAUGGAUAUCGCGGUGCCACAUUCCACCGGGAACGAGAGAGCUCUUGAAGUGGAGGAGUGCGCCUGUCCUCAAGGCUACAGAGGACCGUCCUGCCAGGACUGUGAUGUGGGAUACACACGUACAGGAUCAGGCCUCUACCUUGGCACCUGUGAGAAGUGCGAGUGCCAUGGGCACGCUAGUAGCUGUGACUCAGAGACGGGCGCAUGCUUGCAAUGCCAGCACAACACAGCUGGACCCAGAUGUGAAAGAUGUCGCAUCGGUUUCUAUGGUGAUCCAGUGACUGGUGGUAUACACGCCUGUAGGCCAUGCCCUUGUUUUGGACCCGCCUCUGGAAGCAGCGAGACGAAAUCUUGCUACUUGGACAGAGACGGCCAGCCUACUUGCAACUGUCCUGUCGGUUAUACUGGAAGGCGCUGUGAGAGGUGUUCCCCUGGAUACACCGGCAAUCCCGAACGUGGACAGAGCUGUACUCAGGGAAGCGGUCAAUGCCAAAACUGCGACCAGCGAGGAAGCGAAGGCUGCACUUCAGAUGGGAUCUGCCGCUGCAAGAUGAAAGUGGAGGGUCCUUCAUGUUCCAGCUGCAAGCCUGGCAACUUCCACCUCAGCUCUGCCAGCAAAGAUGGCUGCCUGGCGUGCUUCUGCAUGGGAGUCACUCAGCAGUGCUCCAGCUCAUCCUUGUACAGAGAUUUCAUCACCACCACGUUUGCCCCAGGAAACACCCAAGGCUUCGCUCUUGUGAACCGGCAACGCACCAACCGCAUCACCAACGGCUUUUCGGUGGAGUUGUCCACAGACGGAACGCAGCUUUCAUUCACUAACUUCGACCAUCACAGCCAGGAGCCUCACUUCUGGCAGCUGCCAUCCAGCUACCAGGGAGAUAAGGUUCAAGCCUAUGGAGGAAAGCUCAAGUACACCAUCUCGUACGUGCCUGGGACGAGAGGCGCUCCAAUAGAGGAUGUUGACGUCCAGAUUAUUGGCAAUGACCUCACCCUAGUGGCUCGACAGGACUGGAGAAGGGGGCCGGGGGCGAGAGAAACCCGUCAGUUUCAGUUUAUAUUCAGAGAGGAGUACUGGCAGCGUCCUGAUGGCAUGCCCGCCACUCGGGAACACCUGCUGAUGGUGCUGGCUGACCUGGAUGACAUCCUGAUUCGAGCCUCUUACCACACCGUCUUGCGCUCGUCUAGCAUCUCGGGGGUCAGCAUGGAGAUCGCCGUGCCGCAUUAUACUGGCCUGGAUCGAGCUCUGGAUGUGGAGCAGUGCCAUUGCCCGCCUGGGUAUCAGGGCCUGUCCUGUCAGGACUGCGCUUCAGGCUACACCCGCACAGGAGGUGGACUCUACCUUGGCCACUGUGAGCUGUGUGAAUGUAACGGUCAUUCUGACUCCUGCCACCCAGAGACCGGCACCUGCACGAGCUGCCAGCAUAACACCAUGGGUGACAUGUGUGAGCAGUGUGCUGCUGGAUUCUUUGGAGACGCCAGCGCCGGAACCCCAGAAGACUGUCAGCCCUGUGCCUGUCCCCAUACUGACCCCGAGAACCAAUUCUCGCCCACUUGUGAGAGUCUGGGUAACGGAGACUACCAGUGUACAGCCUGUCAGCCGGGCUACACGGGCCAGUACUGUGAGCGCUGUGCACCUGGAUAUGUUGGAAAUCCACAACAGAGGGUCAAAUGCCGGCCAUACAACGCAGAUGCCUCUCUGUUGGUGAGGGUGUACCCUGAACGGGUGCAGGUAUCUCCGGGCAGCUCGGUCACCCUCAGGUGCCAGGGAUCUGGACCUCCGCCUCUCUAUUUCUACUGGACACGUGAUGACGGCCGUCCCAUCUCUAGCUCAGCCGAGAGACGCAGACAAGGAGAAGAGUUGCAUUUCUCCAGUGUGCAGCCUUCUGAUGCUGGCGUAUACACAUGCACCUGCCGAAACCAGCUCAACACCAACCGCAGCCGAGCUGAGAUCAUCAUAACAGCUUCUCCACCCAAACCUAUCGAGGUGUUCAUUGAGGAGCCGAAAUCCCAGAGUGUGAUCCCAGGAGCUACAGUGAACUUCAUCUGCACAGCCAAGAGCAGACUCCCAGCAUACACGCUUGUGUGGACACGUCAGGGCAGCGGCAAGCUCCCCGACCGCGCUAUGGACUUCAACGGCAUCCUCACCAUCCGGAACGUUCGGCCCGAAGACGCCGGGGUCUACGUGUGCACCGGCUCCAACAUGUUCGCAAUGGAUGAGGGCACCGCCGUCCUUUAUGUCCCAGACGGAACUAAGGCUGCGAUGUUUUACACAGCCUAUGAAAUGUUUGAAGGACAUAGACAGCCUGGCGAAGUAAUGAAGCCCACAGUCACGAUCCACCCAACAGUCCUGACUGUCCAACAGGGCCAACGCGCCGAGUUCCGUUGCACCGCCACUGGCAGCCCAGCACCUUCAGUUGAGUGGACAGGAGGUCCAGGUAACCGUAUGAGCAGCAGAGCCAUCAUCCGAGGUGGAGUUCUCACCUUCCCAUCUGUGCAGCGUUCUGAUGAGGGAGACUACACCUGUAGAGCCGUCAACACACAUGGAGAGCAUACAGCCCGGGCGGCCCUCUACGUCUACAGUUCACCUGCUGGUGAAGUGGUGAAGCCCACAGUCACGAUUCACCCAUCUUCACUCAGAGCCCAAGUGGGCACACGUGUUGAAUUCCACUGCACUGCCACUGGCAACCCUGCUCCUUCCAUUGAAUGGACAGGAGGCCCAGGAAACCGUAUCAGUGGAAACGCCAUCAUCAGAGGCGGAAUUCUCACCUUCCCUUCUGUGCAGCAUUCUGAUGAGGGCGAAUACACCUGCAGGGCCUUCAACACACAUGGAGAACAUGCAGCCCGGACGGUCCUCUACGUCCAUGGUUCAUCUGCUGUCGCGGUGAAGAAGCCUACAGUGACCAUCCAGUCUCCAGUGCUCACCGUCAAACAGGGCCAACGUGCUGAGUUGCGCUGUACUGCCACUGGCAACCCGCCUCCUUCGAUCGAGUGGAUAGGCACCCACAUCAGCAGCAGCGCCAUCAUCCAAGACGGAGUUCUCAUUUUACCUUCUGUGGAGCGUUCUGACGAGGGCGAAUACACUUGCAGAGCGUCCAACACACAGGGAGAACAUACCGGCCGGCUAGUCCUCUAUGUCCAGGGUUCAUCUGCUGGCAUUGUGACGAGGCCCACAGCGACCAUCCGACCAUCUCUGAUUUCCAUCCAGCAAGGCGAACGUGCUGAGUUCCACUGCACCGCCACUGGCAACCCGACUCCUUCAGUCGAGUGGACAGGAGGUCCAGGUAACCAUAUCAACGGCAGCGCCAUCAUCCGGGGUGGAGUUCUCACCUUCCCUUCUGUGCAGCGCUCUGAUGAGGGCGACUACACCUGCAGAGCCGUCAACAUACACGGAGAACAUACGGCCCGGGCGGUCCUCUACGUCCAAAGUGCCAGUCUACCACACGUGCAGGUGAGCCCCCAGCGGGUGGAGAUCCACGAGGGUGAGACUUUACGCCUCUACUGCAGAGCUGGAGGCUCUCCCACCCCAGGUCUGACCUGGAAAAAGAGAGGUGGAACCCUCCCUCCUCAGGCCAUUCCCUCUCACGGUUUCCAUCAGUUUAAGUCCAACAAUCUCGAUGCGUUGCAGAGACGUAUUGACGAGAUGCAGGCUCGAGUGGACCGCACUGACUACGGCACCCUGUUCAUCCCAGACAUGAAGAUCUCAGACGCCGGCACGUAUCUGUGUAUCGGCACGAACGCCAUCGGCUCCUCCGAGGCCGUCAUCGACGUCACCGUGAUAAAAGGUGAGACUGUCCCCUCUGAUGUCACCAUUCAAAGCACAACUGGCACAGUGGUGCAAGGAGAGAUGCUGGAACUGAACUGUGUUGUUCAAGGAAACCCUCCUCCUCCUGUUAUAUGGAGCAGAGCCAAUGGUUUAGGCCUCUCCUCGAACCACCAGGUUAUCGGACCGAAGCUGCGUAUUCUUCAGGCGUCUCCAGACGACUCUGGAGAGUACAUCUGCACGGUUUACGGAGGCCCAAGCACUCGCCACGCGACCAUCUACGUCUCCGUUACCUCCGAGGCAGUCCGUCACCAGAGCCCGAUUAUCUCCAUCGAGCCCCACAGCAUAAUAGUGAAGAAGGGAGAAUCGGCCAGCUUCAAGUGCCGAUUACACACUGACGCUCAGCCUGUCCGCCUGGAGUGGAAACUCUCUACUAAUGAGCCUUUACAUGAUAAUGUGAAAGUCAGUGCAGAUGGUGCAGUGCUCACCAUUUCCAGUGCACAGCCAGCUAACCAGGGAGCAUACCGCUGUGUGGCCAGCAACUUAUACGGAGUCACGCACAGCAUUGCAUCUCUGAUUGUCAGAGAACUCCCCAGAGCCACAGUGACACCCACAGGACCAGUCAGAGUGAACGUUGGUGAACCUAUUAACCUGGAAUGCCAGGCAGCUGGAGAACCACGACCUUCUGUCACCUGGCACAGGCUGGACAACAACCGCAGGACCAUCCUGAGCAGCCCUCUGCCCAUGGAGUCCAACGCUCUCAUGCAGAUUUUGGUUGCACGGCCUGAGGACAGUGGAACUUACAUAUGCACAGCUCAGAACAGCCAGGGGAAAUCAGAGACCCGGGUCGAGGUGAUUGUCGAAGGUGGAAGCAAAGUGCCGACUGCGCCCCGUGCCUCCGUGCGUGACCCCCUGUUGGUCGUAGUGGAGGGGGCAACUACAGUCCUACACUGUGAUGCCCACGGAUUCCCGAAACCCACGAUCACCUGGUCGAAGCUCCGUGCACCUCUUCCCUGGAGACAUAAGAUAGUCAAUAACAGUCUGGUGUUGCCCAGCGUGGGACGUCAGGACUCUGGGCAGUACAUCUGCAAUGCCACUAACAACCUGGGCACCAGUGAAGUCACCGUAAUGGUGGAUGUAGAGACACCGCCGUACACCACUACUCUGCCUGAUGACGUAGCCGUGCGAGUCGGUGAGGUCAUCAGACUGCAGUGUCUGGCACAUGGAACACCACCAAUGCGCUUCGAAUGGACCAAAGUGGACGGCAGGCUGCCCGCUAGGGCUGAGGUGCAGGGAGGGGAUCUACAAAUCAACCUGGCUUCCCCAAGCGAUGCCGGAACUUACAAGUGUGUGGCAAGCAACAAAGUGGGCAGAAGCGAGGCUGUAGCUAAAGUGUCUGUACGAUCGCCGUUGUCGGUGCGUGUCUCACCCCAGGUAGAAGUGAAGGCUCUGGGAAGUGCGGUGGAAUUCACAUGCUCAGCCGCCGGAGGACCCGAGAUCACUCUGGAGUGGCUGAAGGAGGGAGGAACACUUCCUCACAAUCAUCACAUUAAAGAUGGAGUUCUGAGGAUUGAGAACUUGGAAAAGAGCAAUGAGGGAAUGUACAUCUGCAGAGCAACCACACUGUUUGGCCAGGCGCAGGAUACCGCUAAGCUCACUAUUCAAGCGUUACCCAAGGUGAUGAUCAAUGUGCGCACAUCGGUGCAGACGGUCACGGUGGGCACCUCGGUGGAGUUCGAGUGCCAUGCCGAGGGCGACCCCGUUCCAACCGUGCGCUGGAGUAAAGUGGGAGCUCCGCUGCCUGAUCAUGUGCAAGUGAAAGGACCCAUGCUGAGGAUCGAGCGCGUAACUGAGGCCGACGCCGGCCAGUACCGCUGCACCGCAACCAACAACGUCGGCUCUGUUCAGUCUCAAGUGGUCCUUAACAUCCAGUCUUUGCCUCAGAUUGCUGCUCAGCCUGAUACGAAGGAAGUGACCGUUGGCUCGACUGCGAUUUUCCCCUGCAUUGCCACCGGAUAUCCCGUUCCAAACAUCACAUGGUCGAAGCUGGAGAAUGAGCUGCCACCGAAGUGUGUACAGGAUGCCCAUGUGCUCACUGUCCCAGACAUCACCCAUGAGGAUUCUGGCACAUACGUGUGUACGGCAUCAAACAAGCAGGGCAAAGUGCAGGCCUUUACCAAACUCAACGUCCACGAGCGAGUGAUGCCAUAUUUCAGUCAGGAGCCUCUGUCCUACCUCAAGCUUCCCACCAUCAAAAACUCCUAUAAAGCAUUUAAGAUUAAUAUCACCUUCAGACCAGACAACGUGGACGGUCUCAUUUUGUAUUCCGGAAUGAUCCUGUAUAAUGGGCAGAAGAAGACCAUGGGGGCUGAUUUUAUUUCUCUCGGGCUCGUAGGUGGUCGCCCUGAGUUCAGGUUUGAUGUGGGCUCCGGCAUGGCCACUAUCCGCUACCCUACUGCGAUAAAACUCGGCGAGUUCCAUACGGUGCAGCUUUACCGUAACGGCACACAAGGGUCCAUCAUAGUGGACGGUGAAGCUCCUGUCAACGGCACCUCCCAGGGCAAAUUCCAAGGGCUGGAUCUGAACGAGGAGCUGUUUGUAGGCGGCUAUCCAAACUACAGCAUGAUCGCCAAAACGACAGAGCUCAACAGCGGCUUUGUUGGCUGCAUUAAACAGCUAAUUAUCCAAGGGGAUGAAGUUAUUUUCAAGGAUCUGGACAGAAGUUCAACCGGUGUGACUAACUGCCCCACAUGCAAGGAUCACCCCUGUCAGAACGGCGGAGUGUGUAGGGACUCGAGGGCCAGUCUGUAUAAGUGCAGCUGUCCAAGAGGCUUCACCGGGAGCAACUGCCAGCACCUCUCUUCUCAACACUGCCAUCCAGAGGCUUGUGGCCCUGAUGCUACCUGCAUUAACCGACCCAUCGGUGUGGGCUACGACUGCCGCUGCCACCUCGGCAAAUCUGGACACAAAUGCAUGGACGGCACGCUGGUGACGACGCCACUGUUCGACGGUGAUGAGUCGUAUAUUGCGUAUCCUCCUCUUACCAACAUCCAUAAUGACCUGCGCAUCGACGUGGAGUUCAAACCCAUGGACGAAGAUGGCAUGAUGAUCUUUAUCGGCGGGAAGAAGAUGAAGGUGGAGGACUUCGUCACGCUUUCACUCGUGGAAGGACAUGUGGAGUUUCGAUAUGAGCUCGGCACAGGCCAGGCCAUACUGCGCACUCAGGAGCAGGUAUCUGUAGGACAAUGGCACCAUGUGACAGCGGAGCGCUUCAACCAGGAUGGCCUUCUGAAGCUGGAUGAUGGACCUGAGGUCAGGAGAUCAUCUCCUGGGAAGGCCCAGGGCCUCAACAUCUACACACCCAUGUUUCUGGGUGGCGUGCCAACGAAGGACAUCCUACCCAAACCUGCCAACGUCAGUAUGUUCUUUGAUGGCUGCAUCGGAGAGGUGUCUAUCAAUGGGAAGAAAAUCGAUCUGUCCUACACGUUCACAGAGAGCAGGGCCAUCAGUCAGUGUGUUGAUGUUAGCCCAUGUGACCGCAGACCGUGUCAGCACGGUGGCACCUGCAUGCCCACCGCUGAGUACGAGUUCCAGUGCUUAUGCAGGGAUGGCUAUGACGGAGAGCGCUGUGAGGUGGUGAAGGACACCUGUCUCGACUCGUCUCAGUGCCACAACGGAGGCAGCUGUGUGAACGGUCACUGUGUGUGUGCUGCAGGUUACACAGGCAUCUUCUGCAGAGGAAGGCAGGAGGCAAUCGUCCCUGAAGCGCAGUGGGAUUUGGAGGGCAGCGUGGUGAACGAUUCCCCAAUACAAUACGCUGCAUAUUUCCAUGAUGAUAGCUACCUCAGCCUUCCCAAACUCAUGUUCCCACGCAGUGCUCCAGAGUCACCUGAGACCAUCGAGCUGGAGAUAAAGACACUCUCCGCAGAUGGCCUCAUUUUGUGGCAGGGGGUGGAGUCCUCAGCUUCCCCGAACCUGCACAAGUCGCAUGCUCACAGCAAGGCAUCGGCUCUCCGUAAGCAGACACACAAACAAGAAUCAGGAGAGCAAGGAAAGGGCAAGGAUUUUAUAAGUCUUGGCUUGCAGAACGGGCAGCUGGUGUUCAGUUACCAACUGGGCAGCGGCGAGGCAGAAAUCCUCACAAAGGAACGCAUUAACGAUGGACUCUGGCACAAAAUCACUGCAGUCAGGACAGGAAAGCAGGGCUACAUUCAGGUAGAUGACAGGACGGCUCAGCGUGGACAGUCCCCCGGCAGGAGUGUCAUGGUAAACACCAAGGGCAGAAUUUACCUGGGUGGCGCUCCAGACAUGGCCGCUCUCACGGGUGGGAAGUUCUCUUCAGGCAUCACAGGCUGUGUGAGGAACCUGUCUCUGCUUAAUGCCCGGCCGGAAGACCAGCCGUCGCAGCCCAUCGACCUGCAGUUCCACAUGAAAGACGGCAAAAACGUGUUGCCCUGCUCAUCGUAGGCAAAGACGCCACCUAGAGACUGAGAAACCUCUCACACACGUACCGCAGGAGAGACAUGAAUCUCAGACACCUACAGGACUGCAGAUUGCAUUUCACUUGCAUUUUAACCCACACACACACACAUACACUUCAAGUGACUGUUUCACCUCCAUUUUAACCUCCGUACACACUUACAGUACAGAAGAAACGUACAGGGUUCUCUGAUACAGCCAAAGUGUUUUUGCUUUGUGUUUUAACACACACACACACACACACUGAUAUAUUCUCUUGGUGCCUUACUGCUGCCAAAAACCUUUUUUUUUUUUCCCUUUUUUUACUCUGUGCUGCAUAAACCAAAAGAAAGCGAAAGAAAACACUACAUUUUCACCAAGUGUUGUAUAAUGAAGGAUGUUUAACAUGGGAUAUCAGUUUACAUAGUCCUGCAGUAGCUUUUGUUUUUUAGCCAUUUAAAAAAUAGAGAAAGAAAGAGAGAAUAUCUAAGAAACAAAUACCUGACAUGCCUUCACUGAUGGCUCAGAUCCUAUGUGGUCAGAAAUGAUGUUUUUACAGCACUGAAUUUUUAUUUAUAUGCAUAUGAAUAUACGGAUCUAUAUUAAAUAUUUGUGUCGGGAAGGAUGCUAAUUAACCCUAGCCUUUUUAUUUUUUUUCCUUGAGUUGAUUCUAGGUCCUAAUAAUGUGUGUCUGAAGCUUGCGCGCUGAGCUGUGUUUAAUACUUGAAGACUCUGCAUCCUUUUCGUUUCCUCUCUGUUAUCUCUGGCUUAGAAACUUCUAGAACGCAGGGACGGGGUUUCUGUACACUGGGAAGGUCCUAACUCCAAAUACACUCCACAUCUCAGGUGAAGCAAAAGACGAGAGACGCGGCGGACGCUGAAACGGAGCGACUGGUUUAUUUUUUAUUUUUUGGAGAGAGUUUUUUCCCGCAGUUUAUAUUUAAGAGAAACCAUCAACCUUCCAUACAUUAACCUCUGAAUUACUGGUGUAUAUGAAAAACCCAAUGGUGCUAAACACACUGCAAGCACAUACUCUUCUGUCUUCUGCAAUGACUUGCCUCUGUGUUUCUAAUGUAACACGUAUUGUAAGUAGCAAAAACCACAAGUUUGCAAUAAAAGUAUUUUUUGCUUAAUGCCAACCUGGAA